AUGGCUGCCAAUGGGCAAGCCGACGCUCCUCUCAAAUCCAAGGAGUUCGAUUACUCUGCUCCUCCCCCCUUCACCCUGUCCGAUUUACGCAACGCCAUUCCGAAGCAUUGCUGGGUGAAAAACCCCUGGCGAUCGCUGUCGUACUUCGUUCGCGAUUUCGUUAUUGUUUUCACCCUCGGUGCCGUGGCGCUGUACUUUGAUUCAUGGACCCUGUGGCCUCUCUAUUGGUUCGCUCAGGGAACCAUGUUCUGGGCUCUCUUCGUCGUCGGCCACGACUGUGGUCAUGGAAGCUUUUCGGACAGCCGCAGUCUCAACGACAUCGUUGGCCAUCUCAGCCACGCGUUCAUCCUCGUGCCUUACCACGGGUGGAGGAUAAGCCAUCGCACACACCACGCUAACCACGGCCACGUCGAGAACGACGAGUCCUGGUAUCCGAUUACGAAGGAGGUUUACGAGCAAAUGGACCUUGGGUCCAAACUCGCGAGGUUCAAAUUUCCGUUUCCCCUCGUCGCCUUUCCGUUUUACCUGUGGUUGCGCACUCCAGGAAAGAAGGGAUCUCACUUCGACCCCAAGUGCGACCUGUUCACGGAGGCCGAAUACAACGACGUUGUCACCUCGGCAACGUGGUGGUGGGGAAUGGUCGCUCUGUUGGCCGCUCUUUCUGUCGCGUUCGGCCCCCUCGUCAUGUUCAAGCUCUACUUCAUGCCGUACUGGAUUAACGUGAUGUGGCUCGACUUGGUCACCUACCUUCAUCACCAUGGCUACGAUAAGAAGGUUCCCUGGUACAGGGGCAAGGAAUGGUCCUACCUGCGGGGAGGUCUGUCAACUAUUGACAGAGACUAUGGAAUCUUCAACAAGAUUCAUCAUGACAUUGGAACUCACGUGGUGCAUCAUCUGUUCCCCCAAAUCCCCCAUUACAACCUUACAGAAGCGACGGCGGCCAUCAAACCUAUUCUUGGAAACUACUAUCGUGAACCAGAGCCAUGCAAGGGCCCUUUCCCCUUCCAUCUUCUGGAGCCUUUGGUAAAGUCUUUUGGUGAGGACCACUUUGUGGCAUCUGAAGGAGAUAUCGUCUUCUACCAGAAGAGCCAUGAGCUGUAA